AUGUACGUCAUACGUUUCAUCGUGGCGUGCGGAUGGGGUGCCUUCGCGCUGUUGUCGGCGAGUCGAUUGAUUUACGGCGUUGUCGUCAUCGGUGCUGUGCUGUGCUUGGCCGUGGCUCUAGGGAACGACGACGGAGCCGACGCGAAGGGUCGAGCGGCUGGAAUGUACGAGUACGCCACGGAUUCGACGCCGCGAGGGCGUCGGCGGCGAGAAGAUUUCGACGAGCGACGGCGCGCGGCGGCGCGCGAGCGGAAACGACGAUCGGCGGAUUUUGAGUACGAAGACAUCUAUGGCGACGGCGCGUUCGACGCAUUCGACGCCAAGGCGUUCGAGCGCGGUGCGGAAGUUUUUAGUGAGGCGUUUGGAGAUCGUUUAAAGGCGAAGGAGGCGUUUCGCGCGGCGCAAGAUGUCACCGUCGAAGUUCGCCAGUGGGGCGACGAAGCGUUGGAUGAGUUCAAAAAAGCAUUCAAUCUCAACGCUGGUGACUUUGAUUUCGAAGACGACGUCGCCGAGGUCGACUUCUCGCAAACGCGCGCGUCGAACCGCCCGCCGUCUGCGGAGGACGAGGGCGGGGGUCUCGUGCGAAUCAUCGAUGUUGAUGCCUUGACGAAGGACGUGGAUUCGACGACGACGACAGCGACGACGGCAAAAGUCCAGGAGAAACCUUACUCAGCGGACGUAUCGUUUGACGAGUGGCUGGGGACGACAAGUGCGUCGUCGUCGAACGCUUCGGCGCGCGCCGAUGACUUUUUCGAGGUUGAAGAUGAGCAAAGUUGGCCGAGCGACGGCGCCGAAGACGCUUUCAGCGAAGCGUUUCGAGAUGGAUUCGAAGGUGAAUUCGGCACAUCGAGCCGAACGCGCACCGGUGCUUCGAGAAAUUGGUUCAGUGAGUUUUUGAGCGGCAAUUUUCGCGGCGCGUUUCAAGAAGACUUGAUCCCCGCGACGUUUGACGAGGACGCGGAACGCGGAGGACCGAGGUGA